CACCGGCCGGUCGGCUGGGCCUGCUGGCCGACGCGGUGCGGCACCUGGAGCGCGCCAAGCCGCGCACGGCACCGCCGGCCCGCAGCCGGCCCGUGCGCGCGCCGCACAGGAAGAACAUGUCCUUUAGCAACGAUGAGGUGCGCCAGAUCGACCGCCACAACCGCAUCCUGCUAAACAAGAUCGUGGCUCAGCAGCGGCGGCCGAUGGCCCGGCCGACGGCGGCCGGCGGCGGCGCGCCACGCCGCACCAGUCAGGCGGACCAGAUUCGGCGCGAUAAUCUGAUACUGUUGCAGAAGAUUCACGGCGCCCGGCCGUCGCGCUCGGUGAUCUCGGGCUUCCACGACGAGCCGCCGCCGGUGCGCCCGAUCCUGGAGAGGGGAGCCGUCAGACACAGGCGGCCCUGGGUGGACCGCUAGUCCCACCGCGUGUCUAGCUCCAUGCACGCGGCCGGCUCGGCCGACAGCCUCUUGACAUGUGUGUGUGUUUGUGUGUUGUGUGUUGACUUGGUGGUAGGGGACGAGCCUGUUUAUCUCGCUUGCACUGUGUGCACAAUCUUCAUAUUGCACUUGUGUAAUGGCUGCACACAUCUAUUUCCUAGGGUUCAGAGACUGGCAUCGGCGUGCUUAAGGAUAAGGGCCAUAGCGCCAUGACCCUUCUCUUGGGCGUUACGGCGUCCCUUUUGACACUGGCGGCUGCUGCUAGCGCACGCCGAAGGGUUUUAUUGUGUAUCAUUAAAAGAUAUGCUGUGUCAACAGGGGUAUGUGCAAGAAUUGACUAU